AAAUAAUAAUUUGAUAAGGAAUCAACACUAAAAUUUUGGCGGGUAACCCUUUAACGGCUAACAAGCAACGGUAUUUCAAAUUGUAUUCUAUCUUAACCUUAUCUUCUCCAAAGUCCCGCUCUGGCAUCAACCAAAAAAAAAAAAAAAGGCUCUCCAAAAAUGGUGUUUUCUUCAUCAUUCUCGCUGCCCAUUUCAGCUUCCACUUUCCAUGUCCUACCGGAUUCUGAUCCUCCAUACAAGCUCCUGCAGAGCCACCCAUCUCUGGAGCUACUCUCCAACUGCAAAAGCACACAGGGCCUGAAACAAGUCCACUCCCACAUCAUCAAGACCGGCCUCCACAACACCCAAUUCGCUCUUAGCAAGCUUGUCGAAUUUUGCGUCGUUUCCCCGCUGGGCAGCGAUCUGUCUUACGCACUCUUGGUCUUCGAAACCAUUGAAGAACCCAAUCAGUUCAUCUGGAACACGAUUAUUCGAGGCCACUCGUUGAGCUCCUCCCCUCUUCUGGCAAUUCUUUUUUAUGUUCGCAUGCUUCUUUCUGGGGUCGAGCCGAAUUCUUAUACUUUUCCUUUCCUUUUGAAGUCUUGUGCGAAAGCUGCGGCUACCCAUGAAGGAAAACAACUCCAUGCUCAAAUUUUGAAGCUUGGUUUUGAGUCUGAUCCUUUCAUACACACAUCUCUCAUCAAUAUGUAUGCUCAAAAUGAUCAGUUGGACAAUGCACGCUUGGUGUUUGACAAAAGUGUUUUUCGGGAUGCAGUUUCUUUCACGGCCUUAAUCACAGGAUAUGCUUCAAGGGGUAGUAUGGAUGAUGCUCGACGCCUGUUUGACGAAAUACCCAUUAGAGAUGUGGUAUCUUGGAAUGCUAUGAUUUCGGGCUAUACUCAAUGCGGUCGAUUUGAAGAGGCCCUAACGAUGUUUCAUGAGAUGAGGGAAGCAAAUGUGCCACCGAAUGAUAGUACCAUGCUUACCUUGCUGUCUGCUUGUGCUCAGUCGGGGUCCCUUGAAUUGGGCAACUGGGUAAGGUCUUGGGUUGAAGACUAUGGUCGUGGUUCGAAUCUUCGGCUUGUUAAUGCACUUAUUGAUAUGUAUGCAAAAUGCGGAGCUUUGGACAUAGCUAGAGUUUUAUUUGAUGGUAUUAACCAAAGAGAUGUUAUAUCCUGGAAUGUUAUGAUAGGUGGAUAUAGUCACAUGAGCCACUACAAAGAAGCCUUGGCACUCUUUCGGCUAAUGCUAAGAUCAAAUAUAGAGCCUAAUGAUGUUACCUUCUUAGGUGUUCUUCCAGCUUGUGCACACCUAGGUGCAUUGGACCUUGGCAAGUGGAUUCAUGCUUAUAUAGACAAGAACUUUAAGAGCCUGACCAAUAUCUCCCUUUGGACGAGUCUCAUUGAUAUGUACGCAAAAUGUGGAAACAUAGAAGCUGCAAAACAGGUCUUCGACAGUAUGAAAUCCAGGAACCUGGCUUCUUGGAAUGCAAUGAUAUCUGGGUUUGCUGUACACGGUCAUGCAUAUAUGGCCCUUGAGUUCUUCUCCAAAAUGAUAAAUGAAGGAUUCAAGCCAGAUGAUAUAACAUUUGUCGGUAUUUUAUCUGCUUGCAACCAUGCGGGCCUGCUAGAUCUUGGAUGGAAAUAUUUUAAUUCAAUGGUUAGAGAUUACAACAUUUCGCCAAAGCUACAACACUAUGGAUGCUUGAUAGAUCUUCUAGGCCGAGCUGGAAAGUUUGAUGAAGCAGAGACGCUGAUGAAGAACAUGGAGAUGAAGCCGGACGGUGCCAUCUGGGGGUCUCUGCUAGGAGCUUGUAGAGUACAUGGGCGUGUUGAAUUGGGCAAAUAUGUUGCUGAGCAUCUUUUUGAACUUGAACCUGAAAAUGCAGGGGCUUAUGUGCUGUUAUCAAAUAUCUAUGCUGGAGCUGGUAGAUGGGAUGAUGUAGCAAGAGUAAGAACCAGACUAAAUGAUCAAGGAAUGAAGAAAGUUCCUGGAUGUACCUCUAUAGAGGUGGAUAGUGUCGUCCAUGAGUUUCUUGUUGGUGACAAAGUACAUCCCAAGAGCAGAGAUAUCUAUAACAUGUUGAACGAAAUAGAUAGGCUUUUGGGUAUGGCUGGUUUUGUGCCAGAUACGUCUGAGGUUCUGUACGACAUGGACGAGGAAUGGAAGGAAGGAGCUUUGAGUCAUCACAGUGAGAAGUUGGCCAUUGCUUUUGGUUUGAUCAGUACGAAACCGGGAAGUACAAUCAGAAUUGUGAAGAAUCUUCGUGUAUGUGGAAAUUGUCAUUCAGCUACAAAGCUAAUAUCCAAGAUCUUCAAUAGGGAAAUUAUUGCCAGAGAUCGUAAUCGUUUCCACCAUUUUAAAGAUGGUUCUUGUUCAUGUAAUGAUUAUUGGUGAAACCUCUUAGCUUGAAAUUGUGCUAAAAAAUUUGCUAUCUUAGCCAUAUUAUUAAAAGCCCAUAUUUAAUCAUUUCCAUUAA